AUGGCAAAUUGCGGAGCAUUAGUUCGAUCAAAGUUAUUAACAGCAGUUCUCGCAUUCGUCCUUGUUUUUGCGAUCGUUUAUCAAGUUCACUUACGAUCUUUUCGAGAAACAGGCUCUCAGUACCUAGCAGAUGAGAAAGUGGAUCCUUGGGAAGUACAUGGAUCCUCAGAGGAGAAAUUCAGACCAUCUGAGAAGCGAUACAACGAGAGAGUGGAACACGUAAAAGAACGAUGCGUUCAUUUUUCGGAUAAUCUUUACGAGGACUGGGCCAAUGACAGAGAUACCUUUAUGGAUGUUGUGGUAGACGAAGAGAAACGCAUAAUGUUCUGUGGUGUCCCGAAAGCGGCAACAACUUUGAUGAAGAGAAUAUUUCUGAAAUCGUCGUUUCCUCGUUAUAAAGACGUUCCCUUAGACGAGAUCCGAGACGGACCGAACGGAAAGCUGUCGACUACGCACGGCCAGGAUCUGAAAUAUCUUCACGAAUACCCAGUCGAGCAGAGAAAAGGAAUCAUUCGGGACUAUUUCAAGUUCAUGAUCGUCAGGCCGCCUCUAGAGCGACUUCUUUCUGCUUAUAGAGAUAAGACUGACCCCCUUUCCUACACAUUUUACAACAAAAAAGUAAUGGACGCUCUCAAAGAUCGCGAUUUGGCUGAUGAGUACAUUUACUUCGAUGUUGAAAGUUUCCACCAAUUUCUGCAGUUUCUUAUGGCGAGAACACCCCGACCGCUUGCGGAAGGAGAGGAAAUAGCAGAAGAAUCAAAUGAACUUAUCAGGUCUGAAAUGCGCGUCCUUGACCUUUGUCGCCCGUGCUCAAUCGACUACGACUUCAUUGGAAAAAUGGAGACGAUCGACUACGAUAUGGACCACUUGCUGAAAAAACUCAACCUCGGUGUGUCUUGGCCCAGAAAAGAUGUAACCACAAACGCUGAUUACGUGCGACUCUACUACCAUGGCUUCCAUCAAGAACAUUUUUCAGCUCUUUACGACCUCUAUAAGUCAGACUUUGAGUUGUUCGAGUAUUCUCUGCCUGAAGUUUUGCAGAAGUAG